CCGAGUUGCUGUGUAAAAGUCCACCUUACACAGCGGUUAUACUAAAAUCUGGCGUUUUCUUUUUGAAAACUGCCGUAUAUCAUCUACCAAAAUACGGAACCUUUAUCUUUUGCCAUCAACAACAUCACCGGAUUGUUUAACCAUGAGUGAUUCCACCCGAAGUAACGCCCGUCCAAUCCGGCAGGAAGAACGGCUGACGCAGUACUUACAUGACGUGGUAUUUUGUAUCGUACAAAUUGAUUUAAAUACUAUUAUUUCCGCUAAUACUUCUCGUAUGAAAAUACUUCCUCCUAAAUGGCAUAAGCUCCAUCAGUCCGCACCGGUUCGUUUUCACUCUUUUCUUGGCGAUUUUUGUAAUCAGCUUAUUUCAGCAUGCGACCGUGGUUUAUGGGCAGCCCAUGAAAUUUUAGAAUUGUUUGCAUGGGGAUUAGCAGAAUAUGCGUUAACUGUGUUAAAUUGCCAACAGUCUACUGGCAAAUUUUUCAGUAAGAAUGCUAAAUUCGCAGUACCAGCAGAAUUAAUCAGGGAAAGGGAAAUGGUGUGCACUGAAAUUAAUAAGCUUAAAAGGAAAAAGCGUAGGAUGAAGGUGUUAGACCGGGAGUUUUUGCUUUCUUAUGCAGAGCGUCUCCGUUAUUUAAAAUCUAUCAGGAAGACACUUUCCGCUGAAAUCGUUCAGCUGCGUUUUAGUGCCGAGCGAUCAGAAAAUGACAGCUGGUUUAAAAAGCGCAAGUGGAAUUUUAUUAAUGUUAAUGUAAAAUCUUCAUCUUCAGCUCCUACUGAUGCGUUAAAGAUGGGAGAUAUUGAAAGUUAUUUCGAGAAUAUCUGUAAUCCGCAAAACCUCUCUCCUCUUGAUUUUUCUUGGAUAAAUAAAUUAAAACUCAAACCUAUAAACACCGGCUUUGUUGAGGCAGAUAUUUUACCCGGAGAUGUAAAAGCUAUUUUAUCUCAUAAGGAUGCAUCGGCCGGUUCCGGGUUAGACGGUAUUAACUAUUCCUUUCUUAAGCCGUACCCGGAGGUUCAUAAAUGUUUGGCUGCCAUGUUCAAUCGACUAUUGUUAUCUGGUACAGCGUGCAGUUCGUGGAAAGUAGGUAAAACGGUCUUGCUAUAUAAGAAAGGGGACUUCGGUAUGCCGGGAAAUUAUCGCCCAAUUACUUUGACUAGCUGCAUCGGGAAAGUCUUUCACUCUGUUAUCUCCAGUCGCUUAAUGUCUUAUUGUGUGAAGAACAAAAUUAUUGACACGGAUGUUCAGAAGGGCUUUAUUGAGGCCACGAAUGGAUGUGGUGAACAUUCGUUGAAAUUGUUAAAACUGAUCGAACAACAAGGAUCGAAAAGGCAUGCAAUGCACGUGGCCUGGCUUGACAUCGCAAAUGCUUACCCUUCUAUUCGUAAGGAAGUACUUUUAGCAGCUCUGCGUCGAUAUAAGCUGAGCUGACUGUUCCCUAUGAGACUGUUAACGGAUUCGUCAAUGCGGAAGCGAGGAAACGUACACGCUACGCCUCCCUAAUAACUGAAUUGAACAAUGCCGGAUGGCGGACCGAGUACUAUCACCUGGCGGUAGGCUCGCGGGGAAUGGUCGCCCGUGAUGCUAUGACAAACAUUAGUAGAAUCGCCACCACCAUCCGACAAGCUACUAAAACUCUCCAGCUUAAGCCUUUGUUUAAAAAUUUGGCCGCUAUUGCGUUAAACUGUACUUAUAUUAUUUUCCUUAAUAAAUCUAACAAGGACUGGAUUGCCCCAGGUCCGAAUAAGUUGUUCACGUCUUGUUUGCGUUAGCCGUUUACCUUCCUUGCCGGUCGACCUCAGCACGGUCGAUAACGAUGCUGUCCUACACUGAUGCUCAUGUUAUCCACUGAUGUUGUUAUGAUAUUGAUGUUCCGUUACACCUUACCUUAUUGCGAUUGUUUAGCUAUUUCCGUGUUAAGUGGGUUGUUUUGCGGCAAAGUCUGGACAGGCCAUAAU